UUAAGAAGAGACAGAUCUUAAAUGGGAAAUAAGUCACACGUCAAUCAAUUAUUGCCACCUCCAUCGUAUCUCCGCCGUGCUUGCCACGUUUUCAGCCUCAUCUAAUCAGAAAAAGAUUUUCCGAUCACACACUCAAUUGGGGAAGAUUCGUUAGGUAUUAUCCUUCUGGGUUCAUCACCAAAUAAUACCAAGUCAGUGUGUCAUAGCAGAAUCUUCAAGUAAAUUAAGGAAGAAAUGGAGAAGAAGCAGAAGAAGUUUCUGACAGUUGCACCUUUCGAAUGUGCUUGGCGAGACGAUUUAAGAUUUAAGGAAGCUGGAAGAGGGUGUGUGGCAUUUGAGGCAUUUGCUCACAACGAUGUGACUGUAGUUUUUCGUGAGCAGUUAGGUAGUCAACACUACCAUUACAAAAGGGAUAACAGCCCGCAUUAUACGGUAAUCAUUGGUAGUCAUAGAAAUCGGAGGUUGAAAAUUGAGGUAGAUGGGAUAACAGCGGUUGAUGAAGCAGGUUUAGGUUUAUGUUGUUCUUCGGCAUUUCAAAGUUACUGGAUAAGCAUUUGUGAUGGGUUGAUUAGCAUUGGAAAAGGGAGGUACCCUUUUCAAAAUCUUGUGUUUCAGUGGCUUGACACCAAGCCAAAUUGCAGCGUUCAAUAUGUUGGGCUUAGUAGUUGGGAUAAACAUGUUGGAUAUAGAAAUGUUAAUGUACUUCCAUUAACACAUAACCAUAUAUCCCUUUGGAAGCAUGUGGAUUGUGUAGAGUAUAAGGGGGAUGAAGAUAUGGAAGAAGAUUUGAGGAAUGAAUUCGGAAACUUUGAUAAUCAUCAGGGUCUUGGAAGUUUUCUUGAAAGUUGGGAAUUAUCUGAUGUGUAUUUCAUCGUGGGUAAGGAGGAAAGAUUUGUUCCUGCUCAUAAGGUGAUCCUGGCUGCAACAGACAAUUUCGAUUUGAGCUUGUUAGAUCAAGAUGUUAUCUUGAUCAAAGAUGUAUCUUAUCCGGUUCUACAUGCAUUUCUUCGUUUUAUUUAUAAAGGCUUUACGCAGAUUCCAGAGUCGCUGCUGAGCUCCCUGAGGGAUCUAAGCGUACGAUUUGGAGUGACUUCAUUGGUGAAGCAAUGUGCAGAAGUCAUCGAACGAUUUAAACUCAACAAAAAGUUGUUUGACUCAGGAAAGAACGUAGAGAUAUCAUACCCCAGCUCCCAGCCCCACUGCGGUGGUGCAUCCUUUCCCUUGGGACUUCCUGUGAAUGUGCAGAGGCUUGAACAAUUUCACAUAACAGGCGCUUUUAGUGAUGUGGAUGUUAGCAUUGAAGGUCAUGGUCAUAUUUCUCAGUCUCAUAAAGUUAUUCUUGGUUUAUGGAGUCUCCCAUUUAUGAAGAUGUUCACAAAUGGAAUGAGUGAGAGUGUUUCAUCGGACGUUUGCUUAAAAGAUGUCUCACCGAAGGCGUUCAAGAUCAUGAUCAACUACUUUUAUAGCGGAGGAUUCAACUUGGAAGAUACGGUUGAUAGCAAUAUCUUGUUACUUGAGCUUGUUCUAUUGGCAGAUCAAUUUGGGGUAUCUCUCCUUCAUCAGGACUGCUGCAAAACGCUUUUGGAGCGACUUUCAGAGGGGUCGGUAUGCCUAAUUCUUCAAGUUAUUCCCUCGAUACCUUCAUGUAAACUUAUAGAAGAAACAUGUGAAAGGAUAUUUACAAUGCACUUUGAUUACUGUACAACUGCAAGUAUCGACUUCGUCUUGCUACAUGACUCAACUUUCUCUAACAUUUUACAGCAUCCAGAUUUGACGGUAACUUCUGAAGAGCGUGUUCUUAAUGCCAUCUUAAUGUGGGGUUUGCAACCGAGGGAAUUAUCCGGUUGGGAGGUAGUAGACAACAUGCUUUCUACUAUGACACCAGAAGAUCUUUUUGGGGCAAGAUUUCCGUCAGUAAAUGUCUUGCUACCUCUUGUCCGCUUUUCAUUGUUUCCGUUAUUCUUGCUUAAGAAGAUGGAAACUAGCAAUCUAAGCAUGCAAAUCCCUACUUUUCAUCAUCUGGUGAAAGAAGCCAUCGGAUUCUUGGAAGUGGGUUUGCCGACUUCGGGGAGUCAUCCAAAGUUCCAACAUAGGCAAUCAAGUUUUAAGGAGCUUCAAUACAUACGCGAUGGGGAUAGCAAUGGAGUUUUGUUCUAUGUGGGCACAUCAUAUGGGAAACACCAAUGGGUUAAUCCCGUUCUAGCUAAGAAAAUCAGCAUUACCGCUAGCAAUCCUAUUUCAAGAUACACAGAUCCUAAGGUCUUGGCCUCGAGGACUUAUCAGGGGACUUCUUUUGCUGGCCCACGGAUCGAGGAUGGGAAGAACUGUUCGUGGUGGAUGAUUGAUCUUGGCAUCGAUCACCAGCUCAUGUGCAACUAUUACACGUUGAGACAAGAUGGAUCGAAGGCUUUCAUGAGAUACUGGAAUUUUCAGGGUUCCUCAGAUGGUAAAAUUUGGACAAACUUGAGGGUACACGAGAAGGAUCAAACGCUAAGUAAACCGGGGCAAUUUGCUUCGUGGGCAGUUACGGGUCCAAAUGCUCUCCUUCCUUUUAGAUACUUUAGAGUCGCGCUAAUGGGUCCCACGACAGACGAUAUAAACCUGUGGACACUCAGCAUUUGCUUCUUGGAACUCUACGGUUAUUUUCACUGAAUAUGUUUAGUAUUGCGUUGCAACUCUUUUCGCGGUUAAAAUUUGUGUAAUUUUAGAAUACAACAUGUGGGUGGUCUCGACACAAUCAAGUUGAUCCGAACCAGAACCAAAACCAGAACGAGAAGCAUUUGGUUACGAGUCGAGGCCUCGGUGUAACGUUAUUUUGAUGUUGUGUUUGUAUCAAUUAAUUCCUGUUGCUUGAAAAA